AUGAGCUUCCUCAACUGCCACUCCGGGCAGCCGGAGCAGCAGCAGGAGGAGGAGCCAGUCCUCGGAGCGGCCAGCGCCGCUGGCGAGCUGCAGCAGCCGCUCACCGGGCCAGAGGAGGCCGCCCCAUGCCAGGCGGACGAGGGCGUGCCGGGGGGCGCAGCGCAGGCGGUGAGCGUGGAGGAGCCAGAGCCCGCGGCACCAGCGCACUUCGGCGGCUCGGACGCGGAGGACGCCGCUGCGGACAAGGCCGCCAAGGGGUGCUGCGUGCCGCGCGCGGGCCGGCGCCGCGCCAGGGGCACCAGGGCGGCGAAGGCCGACGCUGCGGUGAAGACCACUCUGGAGCUCGCCCCCGCCGCCGAGCAGGAGGUCACCCCGGAGGUGGCCUCGUCGGAGCACGACGAGCAGGCGGCCUCCCUCGCCGCCGGUGCGGUGGAGGCCGAGGGCAUCCUCGAGGCCAAGCAGCAGGGCGCGGGCGCGGGCCAGGGCGUCAAGUCGAGGGCAUCGGCGGGCGCGUGA